AUGGAGACAUUCAUUAAAGUCAAAGUUGGAAGUAGCGAAACGGACCCAAUAUUAGUAAAGUCAGGUCUGAGACAGGGCGACUCAAUGUCACCGGUGUUAUUUAAUAGUGCUAGAGAAAGUNGAAGGAGUGAAACUACAGGACUCAUCAAUAGGCCUAUUAGCGUACGCGGACGAUUUAGUAUUAAUGGAAGAAUCACCAAACGCACUGAAAUCACUGUUCGACCGUCUACAAAGAAUGGCAGCGAAAAUAGGACUACAGAUAAACGAAAUAAAACGGAGUAUAUGGUCGUUGGCAGACGAGAAACUGCGGGUGUGUACCCAUCCUUGAAUGUAAGAAACUAUGUUUUCAACAGAGCCAAGCAGUUUAAAUACUUAGGGUCAGUCAUAACUGAAAAGAAUGAGAUAGCCAAGGAAAUAUCAGCGAGGAUACUUGCCGGCAAUAGGGUGUACUAUGGACUAGCAAAACCACUAGGGUCAAGAUCGCUAUCGAGGGAGCUUAAGAUACAGCUCUAUAUGACAUUACUGCGUCCAGUUAUAACUUACGGGGCGGAAACUUGGCCACUACGGAAAUAA